GUUGCGCUUUCUCUGGGACACGGAACAGGACUCCAAGAGAAGAUCAUAUGAGUGGCACAGCAUUUUGAGCAGACUGCCGACCAAUGACCAAGACAACGAUGCAUUGGCUGGCCCACUUGCAGAUCAUCUUGCUAUGCAUCUGGCUGAUGUGCCCCAGCUCCAGGGCCAUAAAGUGCGACACUUGUGGCAAGGAGUGUGCCAGCGCCUGUGGCACCAAGCAUUUUCGGACCUGCUGUUUUAACUACCUUCGCAAACGAUCCGGUCCGGAUGCACUGCGUCAGAGUUCGGACAGAAGGCUCAUUGACUUCAUCCUGCUGCAAGGACGCGCCUUAUUCACCCAGGAGUUGCGCGAGAGACGCAACAAUGGCACCCUGAUAGACCUCGGCUUGAACUCGUAUUACCGCUAAGUACUACUCCAUAUGACACCAUUUUAUCCCGAUAACGAAACUGACAUGGAAUCCCACUAACGACUCGAAUGAUCCCAUGGCAAUGGUAGCAGUUGAAAUGCUUGAAAUGUUAAUCUUCCAAUAAAGGCACAAUAUUCUUUGGG